AUGGAGUGUCCUAAACACACAAGUGAAAGGGUGUUCAUGGUGUGUAAGUCGUGUGUAAAGUACCCUCUUGUCUGUGGAGUUUGUAUUGAAGAAGGGGAACACGCAGGACACAAACUACAGACAUUACGGAACGCCGCUCAGUCUAUCCGUGAGGACUUGGAACAGGUAGAAAAGGACAAAUGUCAGGUGUUUGAUGAGAUCAAAUCUGACCUGAAAGGUCUCGCCAAAAUUAGGGAGGAUCAGAAAAUGGAAGCGAGUCGCGUUGGUGACGAAAUCAUAAAACGUGCUGAUGUCGUCAAAGGUGAAGUGGACACCGUAAACAAGGAAGUAGUAGAGAAACAUAAAACUGAGCUCGAUAAGAAUACGGCGGCCAUCGACAACACGGAAAUAGCACUGACACAACAAGUGUCCCGAAUAAAAAUGUUCCAGAAGAAGGUGGCUCAGCUACAGAAGACGAACGACUACGUGGAGGUGAUCAUGGUCGCUAGGGACGUGGAGAUCCCGGUCACCAGUCGUAUCCCAAAGCCUGACAUACAGAACCUGAAAUUCUUGCCAGGAACCGUCAAUGGUGGGAAAUUGGAGCAAAUGUUUGGGACUAUUAGACGAGAUAACGCUACUACUGCGAUGAAGUUUGUUAGUAUCGUAGAGGAGGAAGGAGAUGGCAAAAUAAAGAUGUCCUCUGGCUUUGUUGGUUCGACAAGGAGGAAAUCAAAUACAGUGGAACCUCUAUAA